GAAAUUAGCAACUGGCUCUCUGUGUGGCUAUGCCUCCUCCUCCCUGCCUCGGUAGGAACCAGCAAACUCUUGCUGGGUGAGCACUGGAGAGAAAGUCUGAUAAGCUUUAAAAGAGGUGGCAAGGAAAACCAGCCCCCUGUGGACGCUACCCAUAUGGAAACAGGCCAAGACUGGAAACACCUUUAGGAAGAAGGGUAUCCAAGACUAAUGCCUCCUGAGAGCGAAUGAGUCAUAGAACCUGAAGGAGCAACUGCAGUUCUUCUGAAAUACCCAGAGAGAGGCAACGACAGACCAUGGGCAGCAUCGAACAAACAACUGAGAUCCUGUUGUGUCUCUCACCUGCUGAAGUUGCCAAUCUCAAGGAAGGGAUCAAUUUUGUUCGAAAUAAGAGCACUGGCAAAGAUUACAUCUUAUAUAAAAGUAAGAGCCACCUGCGAGCAUGCAAGAAUAUGUGCAAGCACCAAGGAGGCCUGUUCAUAAAAGACAUCGAGGAUUUAGACGGAAGGUCUGUUAGAUGCACAAAACACAACUGGAAGUUGGAUGUGAGCACCAUGAAGUAUAUCAAUCCUCCAGGCAGCUUCUGUCAAGAUGAACUGGUUGUGGAAAAGAAUGAAGAAAAUGGACUUUUGUUUCUAGAACUGAAUCCUCCUAACCCCUGGGAUUCAGAGCCCAGAUCUCCUGAAGAUUUGGCUUUUGGGGAAGUGCAGAUAACAUACCUGACCCAUGCCUGCAUGGACCUCAAGCUGGGAGACAAGAGGAUGGUGUUUGACCCUUGGUUAAUCGGUCCUGCUUUUGCCCGAGGAUGGUGGUUACUGCAUGAGCCUCCAUCUGACUGGCUGGAGAGGCUGUACCAAGCGGACCUAAUUUACAUCAGUCACAUGCACUCAGACCAUCUGAGGCCUCUCACUGCUGUGGCCUCUUCCGUUGCGGAGCACAGGCUCCGGACACGUGGGCUCAGCGGCCAUGGCUCACGGGCCCAGCCACUCCGCGGCAUGCGGGAUCUUCCCAGACCGGGGCACAGUCCCCUGCAUCGGCAGGCGGGCUCUCAACCACUGUGCCACCAGGAAAGCCCCCCUUUUUUAGUUCAACAUUUAUGUUACCCCACACUGAAGAAGGUUGCUGGAAGAAGACCAGAUAUUCCCAUUUAUGUUGGAAACACGGAAAGACCUGUCUUUUGGAAUCUGAAGCGGAGUGGUGUCCAGUUGACUAAUAUCAAUGUAGUGCCAUUUGGAAUAUGGCAGCAGGUAGACAGAAAUCUUCGAUUCAUGAUCUUGAUGGAUGGCGUUCAUCCUGAGAUGGACACUUGCAUUAUCGUGGAAUACAAAGGUCAUAAAAUACUCAAUACAGUGGAUUGCACCAGACCCAAUGGGGGAAGGCUGCCUAUGAAGGUUGAUCUAAUGAUGAGUGAUUUUGCCGGAGGGGCAUCAGGCUUUCCGAUGACUUUCAGUGGUGGAAAAUUUACUGAGGAAUGGAAAGCCCAAUUCAUUAAAACAGAAAGGAAGAAACUCCUGAACUACAAGGCUCGGCUGGUGAAGGACCUACAACCCCGAAUUUAUUGCCCUUUUGCUGGGUACUUCGUGGAAUCUCACCCAUCAGACAAGUAUAUUAAAGAAACAAACAUCAAAAAUGACCCAAAUGAACUCAACAACCUUAUCAAGAAAAAUUCUGAUGUGUUAACAUGGACCCCACGACCUGGAGCCACUCUUGAUCUGGGAAGGGUGCUAAAGGAUCCAACAGACAGGAAAGGCAUCAUAGAGCCUCCAGAGGGGACUAAAAUUUACAAGGAUUCCUGGGACUUUGGACCAUAUUUGAGAAUCUUGAAUGCUGCUGUAGGAGAUGAGAUAUUUCGUCACUCAUGCUGGAUAAAAGAAUACUUCACUUGGGCUGGAUUUAAGGAUUAUAACCUGGUGGUCAGGAUGAUUGAGACAAAUGAGGACUUCAGCCCUUUUCCUGGAGGAUAUGACUAUUUGGUUGACUUUCUAGAUUUAUCCUUUCCAAAAGAAAGACCAAGCCGGGAACAUCCGUAUGAGGAAAUUCGGAGCCGGGUUGAUGUUAUCAGACACGUGGUGAAGAAUGGUCUGCUCUGGGAUGACUUGUAUAUAGGAUUCCAAACCCGGCUGCAGCGGGAUCCUGACGUAUACCAUCAUCUGUUUUGGAACCAUUUUCAAAUAAAACUCCCCCUAACACCACCCAACUGGAAGUCCUUCCUGAUGUACUGUGGGUAGAGAGGACCUGAGAUUUCCCAGUUCACAGGGAUACCAAGCAACAUGAAAAAUUCAAGUAUUUACUGAUGCUACAUCUUGAACAUAGACGCUUAUACCAAAGAGACCAUGCCUUAUUGACAUCAGCAGUGGAUAAUUACAUGUUGCAUUUGUGAAAUGUUCACGUAUCUUAUGUUUGUUGGAUCACUACAUAGAUUAUUAAUAUUUUACUUAUUCCGUCCAUAAUUUUCUAUAAAAGAACCAAUGAACGCAAUAGGAACAACUUCUCUGUGGAAAAGAAAGAUAACAGGAGAUGUAAAUCCAAGCACAGAAGAAAUAGAAGGGGUGGAGAAAAGGUUUCCUAGAAGACAGUGAAGAAAAAGGAAGGGGGUGGGGGAGCAGAAGUUAAGCUAGAAGAAGAGAAGAAAGAAGAGAAAUAGAUAAAUGAGAGGCUAUAAGAAGAAAAUAGGGAAGAGAAAAAAUUAAGAUGGAACUUAAAAAGGUGAAUGUAAAAACAGACAUUUUGUUCCUUAAUAGAUUGAUUCCCCAAACAGAGUCUGUGAAUCUAAUUGAGUAAGAAGUGUUCAUGAGCUGUUUUCAAUUUUUCAAAAAGCUUUGUUGAAAUCGUCUAUUUACCAAAACAAGGCUGCAGAGGCUACCCUAAAAUGUAAUACUUUCGUUGGAACUGAAAGUAUUUUAAUUCGGUAACAAAAUCUGUUAUUUAAUGUAAAUUAUAAAUUCUAACAAAUGGCGGUAUCUUUUGACUAAAAAUACGAACACUAGCUAGUGAUAAAAUGAGUUUUAUAGACAAUAAUUUUCAAAAUCGAUAGAAUAAUGAACAAUAAAGACCCAUGUCUUGAAAAAAAUUAGGAAAUCCUCUUCUGAACAUUUGAAAAUGCUGUUGCAAUGGUUAAAAUAGGCAACUAAUUUAUUUCUGCUAAUGUCUGUAGUUUCUGAUGAUAUUCCCAUGAUUAUCACAUUAUCCCUAGGAAUAUGUGAUUGUUAACUACAUUUCUAUUUUACAUAUUGCUCUUUCCAGUAACACAAACCUCUCAUUGAUCUGAACAUCAAAAUUGAUUUUCUGAUUAUGUAUACUACCUCUUUAAUUCUGAAGAAACAAGAAUCCAAUGAUGGAAUUUAUCUCCUUAAAUCUCUUGAUUAUCUACAUCUCAUAAAGAUGAACACCAAUGAAGUUUGAUGGCUCUGGUCCACUUCACACAUUAUGCAUAUAUUUUGUGAUUUACAUUAUGCAUAUAUUUUAUAAAUUAUUUAAUUAUCACCAAAAAAUAAAUGUAUAUCAACAGAAUAUGUGUUAAAAUGUAUAUGAUGAGCAAA